CGGAAAUUCCUCCAUUUCGGCUCAUUUUCAUUUACGUUUCAUAGGAUUUGCUUUCCUGUCAAUUUUCUACGGUGUUUGUUUGGGUAAAUUUUAGAAAUGCCUGUAGCAGAAGUAAAAUCUAGUUGGGCUGAUGAGGUCGAAGAAGAGGGAGGAGCGUUACCUCCACCAUCAGAGACUUAUGAAAAUGGGUUUAAAAUUCUCACUGAAUACAAAUAUAAUAUGGAUGAUAAGAAAGUCAAGGUGGUCCGUACAUAUAAGAUCGAAAAACGUAUAGUUUCAAAAACAAUUGCUGCACGUAAAAACUGGGCCAAAUUUGGAGAUUCUGCAGAUGAUCGACCUGGACCCAAUCCUGCCACUACAGUUGGUAGUGAAGACGUCUUUAUGCAAUUUAUUUCAAAUAAGGAAGAAGAAAAUAAGGUUGAAGAAGAUACUCUUGAGAAAUUGAAGAAUAUGGGAGAUAAAGGUGUAGUUAAAUGUCGUAAAUGUAAUGGGGACCACUGGACCUCUAAAUGCCCUUAUAAAGAUACUGUUCUUGCUGGAGGUAAAGUGCUAGAUGAUAAGAAACCACUUGUUAAUACUGGUACUCCUGGAACAAUGGCGGAAUUGAAACCUCAAGGUGUUAAAUACAUACCACCUGGUAUGCGCGAUGGUGCCAGCAAACGUGGGGAUACUCUACAGAUACAAAGACGCGAUGACACUACUGCUAUACGUAUUUCCAAUUUGUCAGAAAGUACUACUGAUGCAGAUUUGGAUGAGCUUGUUAAGCCAUUUGGCUCUGUUCUUAAAUAUUAUCUUGCUAAAGACAAGCAAACUAACCUUUGCAAGGGAUUUGCUUAUGUACAUUUCAAAUAUAGGAUAGAAGCAGCUAAAGCUAUUGCUACAUUGAAUGGUUAUGGAUAUGACCACCUUAUCUUAAACGUAGACUGGUCAAAACCACAACAACAAAAUAAUUGAGAAUAUUAAAUAAAUAUUCAGUUCUUAUUAUCUGAAUUCUACAGUAUAUUAAAAUGAAGGAGAUUGCUUAAGUGUGA